GCAUGCGCGCUGCAUUGUUUUGACUGAAAAUGCCGUCGGUUUCGAAAGCGGCGGCGGCGGCGCUGAGCGGGUCCCCCCCGCAGACGGAGAAGCCGACCCACUACAGGUACCUGAAGGAGUUCAGGACGGAGCAGUGCGCCCUGUUCCUGCAGCACAAGUGCGCCCAGCACCGGCCCUUCACCUGCUUCCACUGGCACUUCCUGAACCAGCGCCGACGCCGGCCCCUGCGCAGGCGUGAUGGCACCUUCAACUACAGCCCAGAUGUGUACUGCGCCAAGUACGACGAGGCCACGGGCGUGUGUCCCGACGGGGACGAGUGCCCGUACCUGCACCGCACAACAGGGGACACAGAGCGAAAGUACCACCUCCGCUACUACAAGACAGGGACCUGCAUCCAUGAGACGGAUGCCCGGGGCCACUGUGCCAAGAACGGGAUGCACUGCGCCUUUGCCCACGGGCCCCUGGACCUACGGCCACCAGUGUGUGAUGUCCGGGAACUUCAGGUUCAGGAAGCCCUACACAACGGCCAGUUGAGUGGCGGGGAUGGUCUCCCAGAUCUGCAGCCUGGGAUCCUGGCGAGCCAGGCCAUGAUUGAGAAGAUCCUGGGAGAGGACCCCCGAUGGCAAGACACCAACUUCGUACUGGGCAGCUACAAGACGGAGCAGUGCCCAAAGCCGCCGAGGCUCUGCCGCCAGGGCUAUGCAUGUCCACAUUAUCACAACAGCCGUGACAGGAGACGGGACCCCCGCAGGUUCCAGUACAGGUCCACACCCUGCCCCAGUGUGAAGCAUGGAGAUGAGUGGGGUGAGCCCUCGAGGUGUGACAGUGGGGACAGCUGCCAGUUCUGCCACUCACGCACCGAGCAGCAGUUCCAUCCUGAGAUUUACAAAUCAUCGAAAUGCAACGACAUGCGUCAGACUGGCCACUGUCCCCGGGGCCCCUUCUGUGCCUUCGCGCAUGUGGAGAAGAGCAUUGGAAUCUCAAACGACUGGAGCUGCCGUGAUUCUGACUCUGCCAACAGCACCUCAGCCAACAGCGGCCCCCCAGGAAACGCAAAGCGGAGAGACUCACCCUCAGAAGGCAGUCAGAAACCCAAUGAGCACAGCAGCAAACAGAACCACCUUACAGUGCUGGCUGUGGUCCGUCCCCUCACCUCCAGCACUGGCUCCAGCACUGGCUCAGGCAGCUCCUCUCCGACGGCACUGUCCACCCUGGAUGCUCGAGGCCUCCUGCUUGACCCCACGAGCAACACUGUUGAGUCGGUCCUUGGUUCGGCUCUAGAUCUCCAUUUUAGUGACCUAAACAUCGCCUCCUUAGAGAAAGGCCUGGAAGACCACGAUAACAACGACCACGGGCUGACGAGUCAGAGACUGCUGGGGGGCUCGGCGCCGGUCACCAUCCCAGGCCCCCUGACACGCUCAUCCUCACUGCACUCGUCCUCAUCACUGUCCACCUCCCCACUCAGCUCACUCUCCCAGUCCUUUUCGGGGCCGCUGGUCUCCUCCACCAUGACGCCCCCCCAGCAGCCCCCACCACCCCUGAAGUCGGAAGCUGGGGCUCUGGGCUCAUCGGUCUCAUCCUACAGCUCCUUAGGCCUGAAUGGUGUACCUGGGAGCAUCUGGGACUUCGUCUCCAGCAGUUUCUCCCCCAGCCCCUCUCCCAUCCUGGCGGCUGGUCCAGGUGGGAGCCCCAGCAGUGCAGAGCUAGCCCGGGUCCGGAGGCAGCUGGAUGAGGCCAAGCGUAGGAUCCGGCAAUGGGAGGAAUCUUGGCAGCAGGUGAAGCAGGCCUGCGAUGCGUGGCAGCGCGAGGCACAGGAGGCGAAGGAGCGAGCGCGGGUGGCAGACAGUGACCGACAGCUGGCACUGCAGCGAAAGGAGGAGGUAGAAGCACGCUGCCGGCAGCUGCAGGAGGAGCUUGAGGGGCUGGGGCUGGCAGCGGCCCUGCCCGGCUUGAGAAGCUGUGGGGACCUGGACACUGCACCGCUGCCCACAUUGCACUCUCUGCAAAGCCGCCUGCGCCUAGGCUUGGAGGCCGUUGAUGGGGUCAUUGUCCAGUUGCAGGCGAAGCAAUGCCUGGCAUGCCGGGAACGGGCCCGCAGCGCUGCUCCGAGGCCUUGCCCGCACCGUGUCCUCUGUGAGCCCUGUGCUGCCAGCGCACCUGCCUGCUCCUUCUGCAAAAGCCAGCCGGUGCAGUGGUGA